CACUACCUAACCAGCAUCAACACCACCACGACCAGCCCGGGGGAUGACCUGGACCUCUUUUUCCACUGCUGGUCGCGUCCACACUGCCCAGCUUGCCUGUCACCGUCAAAUCCGUACCCGUGCUCAUGGUGCGCCACGUCCCAAACCUGUGUGCCCAACACCAUCUAUUCCUACCCGUUCGGGAUCUUGUCGCCGAUUAAGUCCGCCAGCAUAUGUCCCUUGGGAUGGCGGGAGAGGUGGGAGAUGCGGGCUCGCCCCUUCAGCUGCCGAUGCUCGAGCAUGACCUUCGUCAGUGUUGUGGUUGCCGUCUUGGCGACGUUGCUGGGCCUGUGGUUGAUAUGGCUGAGCAUCCGGGUUGGCCUAUGGGCGGGCAGGACGUGGAAGGGCCGA